UGGGUUCCAGGUUGGUUGAUCCGUACAUUCUGCUUUAUGCUGAUGGGAUAUCAGCCACAAAUACCCUUCCUCGCCAAACUUAUCAUUACUACUUGCUUUCAUUGUUCUUGUCUGUCAAAAUCGACUCCAUCUCCUGAACCAAAUCCAGAAUUGUUGGUGAGUUCUUGAAAGUUAUCUGUACAAGAUCAUAUGGCCAAAUCAAAAAUUUCAGAUCAUUCAUGACAGAUGCCUUUAUGGAUGAAAAACUUUCUCAGCUGAAAAAGGCACAACAAAGAUUUGAUCAAAGUAGCCAAAGUUCAAUUCCUAAGAUUCAGAUGGUUCCAAAAUUUUUGCGACAAAAUGAAAGAUUUUACAAGUACUGCUUACCAAAGAUUAUAUCAUUUGGUCCCAUCCAUCACAAUAAUGAAAGUCUUACGGAAGGAGAACAUUAUAAGCUUUUAUGGACAUCAAUAUUUGUUGCAGAAUAUGGCAAAAAAAUUGAUCAAGAUGCUAACCAAGCAUGCAGACUUUUGUUUAAUAAGAUUGAAGAUAAUAUUGAAGAAUUGAAGAAUAUGUUUACUGAGGAGGCAAUUGAAGGUUACAAUGAUAAUGAUCUUGCUUGGAUAUUGUUUGUGGAUGGAUGUUCUUUGAUAUAUUUUAUGGAAAAUGUUGAUCAACAAUGUCCAAAAGCACUAAAUCUAAAAUUUGAUCAACUAAUGUACAUAUGGAGAGAUGUUCUAUUAUUGGAGAACCAACUUCCAAGUAAAAUGCUUGAGAUUCUAUGUAAAGAGAAAGGUGUUGAUAUGGGUUUCUUAAUUGAGAACUAUGGUAGGAUGGGUGAAUGCAAGCGAUUGGGAGUGGUAGUGCUCCAAGUGGAUACUCCUAAAUUCUUUCAUGUACUUGAUUAUGUUCGAUUAAUGGUGGCGCUUCAAGUGGACGAUUUUGAAGGAGAAGAUCAAAUGGAAACACAAGGAGGAAAUGACCACUAUAUGAUGGGAAAAAACAAAACCCUAAACCAAGAAGAUAGCGAUGAAGAAGAAGUUGUAUAUAAUUGGAAUACUUAUAAGAGUAUACGAGAUCUAAAAACAGUAGGAAUUCGAGUGGUAGCAAAUAAAAACAGUUGGAAAUGGAGUAAUAUUUCAUUCAAGUCUAAGUGGUUUGGUGGAGAACUAAGACUUCCUGUUUUUUUGUUCAAUGAUGUCACACCUUAUAUUUUCCGAAACUUUAUAGCAUAUGAGAUGUGUCCAGAUGUCCACAACGGCUACGAAUGUUGUUCGUUCUUUAGCUUUAUGGAUUCAUUGGUUGACAAUGCUGAGGAUGUUAGGGAGCUUAGAUCAGCUGGUGUAUUUCAAAAUUUACUUGGAAGUGAUGAAGAAUUGGCAAAGCUUUUCAAUGAUUUAGGCGAUGAUUUGCCAACAAAAAUGUCUUGCCAUGAUUCCUACUCAAAUGCAGUGGCGUACAGUAAGAAAUAUAUUUUGAUCAAACGUCAAAUUGAAAAGCAUUACACAAAUAAAUGGAAGACAUGGUUGGCACAAGCUUACAAUACUUAUUUCAAUACACCAUGGACUAUGAUUGCCUUUUUAGCUGCAUCAUUGGCAUUGCUUCUUACUUUCAUCCAAACAUGGUUUGCGAUACAUCCUAAAUAAAUAGGUAUGUGUGUUGGAACUAAUUAAGUUUAUUGUGUGCAAAGAAAGGGUUUUACAUUUUGUAAUGUGAUUGUUGAAACAUUGAGAUUUUAGAAUGUAUCAGUUGUAUUUUGUGAUGUAUUAAUUUUAAAUUUUGUCUUGUA